AUGGAUUUGAGAGAACGCAGCUACCAACGCUGGCGUCAUUCUAGUGGUUUGCAGAAGGCUAUAUGCUGGAUGCGCCAUCAGGAUGCAUGUCAUGCUGUUAGGUUAUCAGUCCAGCGUCGUCGACGUGAAACAUGGAAAGAAUUCUGCAACAAAUUGGCAACACAAGACUUUGCAAAGACAACAGCAACAAUGAAACGUAUUAAAAGCCAUCGUCAAACCAGUCCUGUCUUUGUGGAUCCUGGUGGACCUCAAGUAGCUGCUAACAAAAUGGCUGAUCAUCUUCAACAGAUUUUCUCAGGUCAAUUUCUUCCUGCACACCGCCCUCCAGACCAGACAGUGAUGAUUUCAUCACCAAUUGCAAUUGAUGAAUCGUGUCCUUUUACUCAUCUUUCUGUAGAGAGUGCAAUUCUCAAGCUUCCUACACGCAAGGCUCCUGGUGUUGACCAUCUUCGUGCUGAAAUGCUUCACCCAAUUGUUAAGCAAGUCUCUCCUGUUCUUUGUCUUUUGUUCCAGCUUUGUUGGCAAUGGGCAAAGGGGACUAUUGAUCCAUCUCUUCUCAUCUCUCGUAAUUGUGUCUCUGCUAUCAACAGCAUGCGUGCUCUUCAAUCACUUGGUGUCAAUCACACUGGGUUGUCACGUCUACUCUCAAUUCGUUUGUAUCGCCAGUUUAUUCGUCCACAAUUUGAGUAUGGCCUGGCAAUAUCCUGCUUCAACAUCAAACAAGUUGCUGUGCUUGAAAACGCCCAGAACACAUGCUUACGCAUGAUUUUUGGAGGUCACUCCACAUCUUCUACAUCUGUUUUCCGUCACCUUGGGAAUCUUCCUAGCAUGAGGGGGAGGAUCUUGACUCUUGGUUUCAAGUUUGUAUAUCGUGCUUUCUGGUUGCCUGAUGAGGCUCUGUUUACUCUUCUUCGACCUGUUCUUACAAACCCAGCAUACCAAUGGUUUAAGCUUUUAGCUAAUCCCAUUUGGUUGUCUCUCUCCAAUCGUCAGAAUGCUGAUUCUAAAGCUUGCAAGCAUGCCAUUCGUUCAUUUUUGAACCAGGGCCUCUUCUUGCAACGCUCUCAACAAAUACUUCUCUCUGCUUGCCAUCCUUCUCUUGGUGUUGACCCUAUUCUCUGGCUUCCCAUGACUAACUAUGAACGUAGUAGAUUCAUACGUUGGCGUAUGGGGUGGCUUCCUGGACGUCCUCAACCUUGUUCCUGUGAAUUGCAUACCACCAGCCGUCAUCAUGUCAUUGAGUGCACUGGAGCUGCAAUUCGUCUCCAUCUCUAUUCUACAGUACAACCCAAUCCAAUUGAUUAUGUACUCAAUAUGCUGCCUCUGAAGAAACUUAAAAGCAACAAGAACAAUGCCUUCUGGAUCUUUACUUGGCCAAUUCUUUGUAGAAUCAUGUUGGACAUAGAACAGAUCUGUCUCCCUGGGGUUGAUCUUGCUGAUCAUGCUGCAACAGACAGAGAACAACUCUUCUUGAACUGGCUACCCAAAUGA